GGUAGGCUUUCAAAUGGGCAAGAAAUAGCUGUGAAGAGGCUAUCCAUGAAUUCCAAACAAGGUGACCUGGAAUUUAAGAAUGAAGUCUUGUUGAUGGCGAAGCUUCAACACAAGAAUUUGGUUAGGCUCUUAGGCUUCUGCCUUGAAGGGACUGAAAAACUUCUCAUAUAUGAGUUCUUACCCAACGCAAGUCUUGAUCAUUUCAUAUUUGAUCCAAUCAAACGAGCAUAUUUGGAUUGGGAUGUGCGCUACAAAAUCAUAAGAGGCAUCGCUAGGGGACUUCUCUAUCUUCAUGUAGAUUCUAGACUUCGGAUCAUUCAUCGGGAUCUCAAAGCCAGCAAUAUUUUAUUAGAUGAAGAGAUGAACCCAAAAAUUGCAGAUUUUGGGAUGGCAAGACUUUUUCCACUUGAUGAGAGUCAAGGAAUUACGAGGAGGAUUGCUGGAACCCGUGGUUACAUGGCACCGGAGUAUGCAAGACACGGCCAAUUUUCAGUUAAGUCGGAUGUAUUUUGCUUUGGAGUAUUAGUUCUAGAAAUUUUAAGUGGUCGGAAGAAAAACAAUUUUGAACAUGAGAGGAAUGGAAAGGACCUUCUAAGCUAUGCUUGGAAACAUUGGAGGGAAGGAACAGCUUCAAAUUUGGUAGAUCCCUUAAUGAGGGCUCGGCCAAGUGCAAUACAUGAUACAAUGAGAUGCAUACAUAUUGGGUUGCUAUGCGUUCAAGAAAAUGUAGUAGAGAGACCAACCAUGGCUUCGGUUGUUCUUAUGCUUAAUAGCUUCUCGCUAUCUCUCCAAGUACCUUCAAAGCCAGCAUUUUUUAUGCAGAGUACCAUUGAUGUAGGAAUGCCAUUGCUUCGAGAGCAUGAUUCAGGGGUGACCCAAAGUAGUCAAUUGAAAAAUGAGUCUGGUUUUGCGUCAGUUAAUGAUAUUUCAAUUACUGAGUUAUAUCCCCGCUAAUAUAUUAGAUUCCUGAUGACAGUGACAAAAAUAUUGACACUUUUUUUGGUUCAAAUUAGAAGAGGACUCACCAUGUGUGUGAAAAUGCUUGUUUUUUUUAAAAAAAAUAUUCUGAUGUGUUCUAUUGUUGUACGUUUGUGUU